AUGGAACCAGUAAAGGAGAAUGAGAAAAAGCAGCUAAUGAGGAGAGUGUGGUGUCUCAUGAGCCAAGUGAAGAACCUGUGUGAAGGGCAGCGAAUCAGAUACUUCCAAGAUGAGGGUCCAGAAUUGACUGAGGAAGUUAGCAAUGGGGAUGUCACUGAUGUAAAAAUAGAACAAGACUUUAAUCCUCAGAAGCUGGUGAUCAGAGACUGUGGGAACAAAGAUAUGAAUCAGAGCAAGACAAUUCCUAGAUCACCUGCUUCUGUGGGUGAGGCUGAUGAACACUGUCAGGGGACCAGUAUACAACUUGAUGUCUCUGAAGAGGCAGAGACAUUUGUUUGGGUUAACAAUGCAUCGUCUCAUUCCCAGAGUGUUGCCAAGGCCAAAUAUGAAUUUUUAUUUGGCAUAUCUAAAGAGAAACCUCCAGAUACUAGUGAUCAUGGAGGAAGCACUUUACUCCCACCAAAUGUCACAAAUGAAUUUCCAGAAUAUGGGACCAUGGAGGAUAGUGGAGAAGGCCUAAGAACUUCUCUUGGGUUUGAUACAGAGUCUCUGCCAGGCUGCCCACAAGGGCAGCUGGGGGUCCAGCUUCUUCAUGGCCACCAGUCUGGGCUUGAGAGUGUUACCGACGGACCAAAAGAUGUCAGAGAGUCCCUCACUCAAAGUCACCUCAAGGAACAAAGUUUACAACCCAUUGACUCCUUGAUUUCAACUCUGAAAGCCACAGAAGCCAGAAAAGCUUCAGGAACAUUACAGGCUACAAAGGUACUGGACAAAGAUGCUAUUUCUAGUUUUUCAGUUCAGCAGGUGGAUAAAGAGCUGGACACUGUCCCUCAUAAAACAAAGAGACAGGGAGCCAAAAAAUUAUUUCCUGCUGGCCAAGAAAAAGCACCAGAUAUACCUCUUUCAGCUGAAGUUACGACUGAGGAGAACUUUUAUUUGAGCAUCCAGAAGGAUCAGACUGUACUGUUAACUGGAGAAGCUCAGGCAGAGCUUUCCAAGAUAACUAAUAAUGGUAGAAAAGGGGCUGUCCAUGUGCAGGAGCCAGCUUGUUCUAUAUCCUCCCUGGGGAGCCCAGCAGUGACGCAUACCUCUGCAGGCAGUGUUGCUCUUUUGAGAGAGAAGAGGUCUGAUCAAGGUAGCUCCACAGGACGCCCAGGCCGGGUCAAACACGUGGAAUUUCAAGGGGUGGAAAUAUUGUGGACAGGAGGGGAGAAAAGAGAGAUACAGCAUCCUGUGGAUUUUGAGAUAUCAUUGGAAAGGAGCACCUCUCCUGAAAACAGAGAACUUUCCAGAGUGCCAACCCAUCUCAUUUCAUGUGCUGGUUUGUAUAAUUCAGUUGGUUUAACUGAGAGUGUUUGGGAUGAAACCUGGAGAUCAUCAGAGAAGCUGGGCACCAGCUCAGGGACGUUUUCCCCUCUGCCUCUUGUUGAGAGUGGAGAGGAUGAAGUCUUCCUAAAGGAAAACAAAGAACAUCUUGAGAAGAAACCUGAACUGGAGAGAGACAAGGAAAGGAUUCUUGAGCAAGAGGAGCACUUUAGGGGAGGAGAUGAUGAUGUCCUUGGGCCUGCGUAUACAGAGGACUCCACUGAUGUGUACAGCUCCCAGUUUGAAACCAUUUUGGACAACACUUCCUUAUACUACAGUGCUGAGUCCUUGGAGACAUUAUAUUCAGAACCUGAUAGCUAUUUUAGCUUUGAAAUGCCUCUCACUCCAAUGAUACAGCAGCGCAUUAAAGAAGGCAGUCAGUUUCUGGAGAGGACAACAGUGGCAGGACAGCAAGAUGUCCUGAGUGUCUCAGCAGAUGGUGGAAUAGUGAUGGGUUAUUCUAGUGGGAUCACCAACGGGCUGAAUGACACCAGUGACUCCAUCUACACGAAAGGCACACCAGAGAUUGCUUUCUGGGGAAGCAAUGCUGGGGUAAAAACAGCACUACUAGAGACUCAUUCUGAGAUGGGAAGCACUGAAAUUCUGGAAAAGGAGACCUCAGAAAGUCUCAGUAAUGGUACCAGCAGCAACAUAGAAGCAGCCAAAAGGUUGGCCAAACGCCUUUAUCAACUAGACAGAUUCAAAAGAUCGGAUGUCGCAAAGCACCUAGGCAAGAACAAUGAAUUUAGCAAACUAGUUGCAGAAGAAUAUCUGAAGUUUUUUGAUUUUACAGGAAUGACACUGGAUCAGUCUCUCAGGUAUUUCUUUAAAGCAUUUUCUCUUGUGGGAGAAACUCAAGAACGAGAGAGAGUUUUAAUACAUUUCUCCAAUAGAUAUUUUUACUGUAACCCAGACACUAUUGCUUCACAAGAUGGAGUCCAUUGCCUCACCUGUGCAAUGAUGCUUCUUAACACAGAUCUCCAUGGCCAUAAUAUUGGAAAGAAGAUGACCUGCCAAGAGUUCAUUGCAAACCUCCAAGGGGUAAAUGAAGGUGGUGAUUUCUCCAAGGAUCUACUGAAAGCUCUGUACAACUCAAUUAAGAAUGAGAAGCUUGAAUGGGCAGUAGAUGAUGAGGAGAAAAAAAAAUCUCCAACUGAAGGAACUGAUGAGAAGGCUAAUGGAACACAUCCAAAGACCAUCAGUCGUAUUGGGAGUACUACCAACCCAUUCUUAGACAUUCCUCAUGACCCAAAUGCUGCUGUAUACAAAAGUGGAUUCUUGGCUCGGAAAAUCCAUGCAGAUAUGGAUGGGAAGAAGACUCCAAGAGGGAAGCGAGGAUGGAAAACAUUUUAUGCUGUACUAAAAGGAACAGUCCUUUACUUGCAAAAGGAUGAAUAUAAACCUGAAAAGGCCCUGUCUGAAGAGGAUUUGAAAAACGCCGUGAGUGUGCAUCAUGCGCUGGCAUCCAAGGCCAUAGACUACGAGAAGAAGCCGAAUGUACUUAAACUUAAAACUGCCGACUGGAGGGUCUUGCUUUUUCAAGCUCAGAGUGCAGAGGAAAUGCAAGGAUGGAUAAACAAAAUUAAUUGUGUUGCAGCUGUAUUUUCUGCACCACCAUUUCCAGCAGCCAUUGGAUCUCAGAAGAAGUUUAGUCGUCCACUUCUGCCUGCUACUACAACAAAAUUGUCUCAGGAGGAACAGCUGAAAUCUCAUGAAAGCAAACUGAAGCAGAUUACCACUGAGCUGGCUGAACACCGCUCAUAUCCCCCGGAUAAGAAAGUUAAAGCCAAGGAGAUAGAUGAAUACAGACUGAAAGAUCACUAUCUGGAAUUUGAGGGAAAGAGUUCCUUCCCCCUCUGCAACACCACCGUUUUCUCUCCCCCAGUUCACUUCUACAUACCUCUCACCUGCCACGCUGUCGCCCUCAACUGUGGAGAUCCUUCUUCCAGUCUGCAGAUCCUUUUCCUGGGUGUUCCAAGUUAUCUGACCUCAAUACAACUGUGUUUAAGGAACAAGGAACUCCCAGGGUCCCCCUGCUUCUCUGCCAUCUUAACUCCUCCCCGAGACUGUUAA